AGCUCUGCAGAAAGCUGUCUCAUCACGAAAACUUCUUACUAGUUUUCUUACUGCAACAGACAUGUUUGAUCAGACGCAAGCAUUGACAGUAGCAGGAAAGCUCUGAGCGACGUUUUCAUCCGGAAUUUUUCUACUAAUUCAGAACUCUCACCUGCUUGAACUUGCAGAAGAACAAAGGUAGCCAUGUUGGGAAAUGGGGUGGUGGGGAUUUUAUCAGAAUCAACCAACAAGUGGGAAAGAAGGGUGCCUCUCACGCCAUCCCACUGUGCAAAACUGUUGCAUGGAGGUAGAGGCAAAACAGGGGUGGCCCGGAUCAUUGUUCAGCCUUCUACAAAGCGCAUUCAUCAUGAUUCUCUUUAUGAGGAUGUGGGCUGUGAAAUUUCUGAGGAUUUGUCGGACUGUGGCCUUAUUUUGGGCAUUAAACAACCCAAGCUGGACAUGAUACUUCCUGACAGGGCUUAUGCCUUUUUUUCACAUACUCACAAGGCACAAAGGGAAAAUAUGCCCUUGCUUGACAAGAUUCUAGCUGAGAAGGCUUCGUUGUUUGAUUAUGAGCUUAUUGUUGGAGACCAUGGAAAGAGAUUACUAGCAUUCGGAAAGUUUGCUGGUAGAGCUGGAAUGGUUGACUUUUUACAUGGAUUAGGACAGAGGUAUCUUAGUCUUGGGUAUUCAACUCCUUUCCUGUCUCUGGGAGCAUCUUAUAUGUAUUCUUCAUUAGCUGCUGCUAAGGCUGCAGUAAUUUCAGUUGGGGAAGAGAUUGCCACCAUGGGACUUCCAUCUGGAAUCUGUCCUUUAGUUUUUGUUUUUACUGGUUCGGGAAAUGUUUCACAUGGAGCACAAGAGAUCUUUAAACUUCUGCCUCACACUCCCAUGGAUCCUUGCAGACUUCCUGAAAUAUUUGGGAAGGCUAAAGAUCCUGCACGUCCAGCAAAGAGAGUCUUUCAAGUUUAUGGCUGUGUUGUAACCUCUAAGGACAUGGUGGAACCUGAAGAACCUUCGAAAUUUUUUGAUAAGGCUGACUAUUACGCACAUCCAGAGCACUACAUUCCUGUUUUCCAUGAAAAGAUUGCCCCUUAUGCAUCUGUGAUAGUUAACUGUAUGUAUUGGGAGAAAAGAUUUCCUCAGCUAUUGACGACCAAGCAGCUGCAAGAUCUGAUGAGUAAAGACUGUCCACUCGUUGGAGUUUGUGACAUUACAUGUGACAUAGGUGGCUCAUUGGAGAUUGUUAACCAAACCACAUCAAUUGAUUCUCCUUUCUUUAGAUAUGAUCCUUUCCAAGAUUCGUACCAUUAUGAUCUUGAUGGUGAGGGAGUGAUCUGCUCUGCUGUUGACAUUCUUCCAACCGAGUUUGCAAAAGAGGCUUCCCAGCAUUUUGGAGAUAUUUUAUCCCAGUUUAUUGGAAGCUUAAUCUCUAUACCAAAUAUUGAGGAGUUACCUCUGCACUUAAAGAGAGCUUGCAUAGCGCAUCGUGGAGCACUGACUCCACUUUAUGAAUAUAUACGGCGGAUGCAAAACUCUGAUGUUGAAGAUCCUUCUAGAAAUCUUGAAAAAGUCUACCCUGAUAAGAAGAAGUAUACUACAUUGGUGUCUCUAAGUGGUCACUUGUUUGAUCAAUUCCUUAUUAAUGAGGCUCUGGAUAUUAUUGAAGCGGCUGGUGGCUCCUUUCAUUUGGUUAAAUGCCAAGUGGGCCAAAGUACAGAUGCUAUGUCUUAUUCAGAACUUGAGGUCGGAGCUGAUGAUAAAGAAGUCCUGGACAGAAUAAUCGACUCUCUAACUUCAAUUGCUAAUCCAAGUGUAGAAGAUGGGUUUGCUGAUAUAACAAAAAAUAAGAUAUCUCUGAAGGUUGGUAAAUUCUAUGAGAAUGAAGUAGAGAAGGGAUAUGAUAUGAAGAAAAAAAAUGUAAUCCUCAUCUUAGGUGCGGGGCAUGUUUGUCGACCAGCUGCUGAAUUCUUGACAUCAAUAGGGAGUUUUCCAUCACAACAAGUUCUGAACUCAUGUCUGGAAGCUGCUUUUGAGGAGCAAAACUCCAUUGAAGUUGUUGUUGCUUCUCUAUACCUGAAGGAUGCAGAAGAGAUUAUUCAAGGAAUUCCAAGUGCAACAGCAAUUCAACUUGAUGUGAUGAAUCAUGAAAAUCUUCAUUUUCACAUUUCACAGGCUGAUGUUGUCAUCAGUUUACUUCCUGCUAGUUGCCACAACAUCAUAGCAACUGCAUGUAUUGAGCUGAAGAAACAUCUUGUUACUGCUAGUUAUGUUGACGACUCCAUGUCAAAGCUAGAUGAGGCAGCAAAGGUUGCAGGUAUUACAAUUCUUGGUGAGAUGGGCUUAGAUCCUGGAAUAGACCACAUGAUGGCGAUGAAGAUGAUUAAUGAAGCACAUAAACGAAAUGGGAAGAUUAGGUCCUUUACUUCUUACUGUGGUGGUCUUCCGUCUCCAGCAGCUGCAAACAACCCAUUAGCUUAUAAAUUCAGUUGGAGUCCAGCAGGGGCUAUUCGAGCUGGGCGCAAUCCAGCCACCUAUAGAUAUCAUGGAGAGAUUGUACGUGUCAAUGGAGACCACCUUUAUGAUUCGGCUUCAAGGAUUCGGCUAGCAGAUCUUCCAGCUUUUGCAUUGGAAUGUCUUCCAAAUCGCAAUUCUUUACUGUAUGGAGAGCUAUAUGGAAUAGAAAAUGAAGCGUCAACAGUUUUCCGUGGAACCCUGCGUUAUGAAGGUUUCAGUGGUGUAAUGGGAGCACUUGCAAAAAUUGGAUUCUUCAAUACCGAAGCUUUGAGUACCCUCAACAAUGGUGAAAAGCCCACAUACAGAAAAGCUUUACUUCAACUUCUUAGAUUAAACGAUAAUAAUUUGGAUGGGUUGGCUAUGAAUGAGAAGGAAAUUACAGAAAGAAUUACUACACUUGGAAUUUGCCAGGGAGAAAUUGCAGUCAGGACGGCCAAGACCAUUAUGUUUUUGGGAUUUCACGAGUCAACAGAAAUACCAGCAUCAUGUCAAAGUCCAUUUGAUAUUACCUGCCUUCUCAUGGAAAAAGCUUUAGUUUAUUCAGGCACAGAACAAGACAUGGUUUUGUUGCACCACGAAGUUGAAGUAGAUUUUCCAGAUGGCCAACCUACGGAAAACCAUCGAGCUACAUUAUUGGAAUUUGGGAGGACCAAGGAUGGAAAUACCACAACAGCAAUGGCGCUUACGGUUGGGAUUCCAGCAGCAGUUGGAGCUCUGCUUUUGCUUGCAAACAAGAUCCAAGUAAAUGGUGUUAUAAGGCCCAUUAUGUCAGAAGUCUACAUGCCGGCGCUCGAGAUUUUGGAGGCCUAUGGUUUCAAGUUGUUGGAGAAGAUCGAGUAGCCAAACAGUGAACUUUGUAUUCUUGUAAAGCUGCAAGUUUCAGAUACGCAUUUGAAUUCAAUGGAAAUAAGCAAUUUUCAGGCCAUCCAAAACGAUAUCCAACCAGAUGGUCCCCAGUAUACUCGCAAGUUAGGGCAGUGUAUUAUUUUGUAAAUUACAUGUACACAGCAUAAAUAGAGCAUGAAAAGGUGGAUGCAGCUCUGUCCCUUCAAUCGAAUGUCAUUCCUUUCUUAUUUGUCUUAAUUCAAAUAGAGGGAUGGAUAAAUUUUUUUU